CCCCGCAGCUCGCGCAGCUGAUCGCGACGUCACAUGUGCGUUUAGUUUGCGUUUGUAAAGUAGUUUCGAAAUUGUGCGAAAUCGAACGUGUCAAUUGUCAGUCCAUCGGCUGCGUCGGCUGCGAUCGGCUGAUCGUGCACGAACGACGAAGAAAAAUGUAUGUUUAAUUUUAAGGGAUGACGAUGAAUUGAUUCGUGCAUGCGAACGACGAUGCUUCCAAAUGAGGUCCUGUCGUAGACGAGAUAGUUUGACGUGAGAGAGAGAGAGACGUUACGAGCGCAACUCCGACUAUCCCAUACGAUCCAGAGAGAAUGUACUGCCUACAGUGGCUGAUUCCGGUGCUGCUCAUCCCGAAACCCGUGAACCCAGCGCUGCUGCAAACCCACGUCAUGUUCAUGGCACUUUAUCUAAUCGGGUUCUUUCUGGAGCGCAAGCCCUGUACCAUCUGCAGCCUUGUAUUUCUCGCCGCCGUCUUCCUCAUCUGUUACAGUGGAAUAGGCAAUUGCCUACUCUGGAGUACAAAUUGCGACACAGUAAGAUGCGACAACGGCUAAGAUCCGAUUGCGUUUAACUCGAUAACAUUUAGAGAAUUAUCCCCUUAUCGGUUUUUUUUCCAUUGCGUGUGCGAGAGAGAGAGAGUGUGUGUAUGUGUGUGUGUGUGAGUUAACCAUUCUUCCCUUCUCUCC